AUGGGCCACAAGCUCAAGAACCCCGUCGGCACCUUGCGAGGACUGCCGCGAAUGAGCUGGCACCCGAAGAACCUCUUCAACCUGUACAUGCGGACAUACGGGCCUUCGAACGCCGACACGCGGUUCCAAAAGAGCGCGUUGACGAUGUUUGCGCAAAAGUGGAAGGCCAAGAAGCUCGCGCGGGCGUAUCACGGCGACUGGAUCCCCGAGACCAAGUUCAAGCGGCACUUCCUCCCCGACGAACUCCCGCCCAUCAUUGGCAAGCCAGGCGAGGAGAAGGUCCCCCUUGCCAGCUUGAUGUUCUCAGAGAUUGAGAAGCGCCUCGAUACGGUCAUCUUCCGGAGCUGCCUUGCCCAGUCGGUCUACGGCGCAAGGCAUCUCGUCCUGGCGGGCAAGGUCAGGGUGAACGGGGAAAAGUGGAAAGAUCCCAACUAUCGGAUGCAGCCUGGCGACCUGAUCUCUGUCGACCCUCAGCACAUCGUCACGCUCCGACCAGGCAACCCUUGGAAGCCGGAGACGCUCCGCCGCGCAGACGAGUCGGACGACCUGGAUGAGGCGGAACCUGCGCCAGAACCCUCCGCCGACGCUUCAGCCGAAUCCUCCGCUGAUGCCUCGACUUCCGACGCAUCAGCAGCAGCUCCUGCACCCUCCACCUCCGCCAAGCCCUCGAAACCCCUCAAGUUCAACCUCCCCGACUACGCCGCCCCCUUCCUCUUCGUCCCUCCUUACCUCGAAGUCAGCUGGACGACCUGCUCCAUCGUCUACCUCCGGCAUCCGACCGCCCGGCCUGGAGUCAGCGAGAUUCCGACGCCGUACGAGGCAGAUGGCGAGGUUAUGCGGUUGACAUGGGAGUACUACCUUGGGCUCGGCAGGAAGGGCGACAAGCGACCGGCGUCGCAGUUUGGCAAGCGUCUCGGAGCAUGA